CGCGGAAGCACUUCCCGAAGGCUGGUCGAAUUGGCCGCUCGUUCCGGUCGGCCGAUCUUGCCGCGCAAGGAUGGAGCCGCCGCCUCAAGAAGAUGCUGGUGAGAGCGAACCACUGCUCAAGUACGAACGUGUGGGGGGGCACUUCCAUACGCUGCUGCGCGACGACGCACUGAGCUGCAUUGCCGGCCACAUGAACUUCAUCUGUGUGGGAACGUUCUCGGGGCAUGUGCUGUUGCUCGAGCUCAACGGACGGUACAUCCGGCGCCUGCACCAGCACCACAAGCGCGUGCACGAGAUCUGCAUUGACGAAUCGGGGCAGCACAUCGUGUCAUGCUCGGACGACGGCACGGUCGCAGUGUACGCGCUGCUGCCCAUGUCGACGGAGCAGGACGCAUCCCGCGUCGUGAUCCCGACUUCCGGCGGGGAAGUCAACAUUUACAACUUUUACAACGCAGUGUACUCGGCGCAGCUCGAGCACGGAUACGCGACCAAGCGUGAGCGCAGCUUUGCGUGCGGCGGCAUCUCGGGGCAGCUUGUCGUGAACAAGAAAGGGUGGAUCAUCGACAAGGAGAACACAAUUCACGAGGGCGAGGGCCCUGUGCACUGCAUCCGGUACCACGAAAACCUGCUCGCAUGGGUCAACGACUGGGGCGUCAAGAUAUACAACAUCGAGACGGACACGAGGGUGACGUACAUCGAGCGGCCACAAAACUGUCCGCCGCUCGAGCUCUGCCGUGCGCACUUGGUGUGGCACACGCUGUCGUCGGGCGAUUUGGUGCUGCUCGUGGGAUGGGGUCACACGCUGCGUGUGGUGCGAAUCAAGCCGGACCACGACGCGGAUCGCAGCCAAGGCAAAGCGCAGCAGCCACCGGCGACCUUGUUUGGCGCUGCGCUGACGGCGGAAGUGAUUUCGUUCAUCACGUUUGACUUUUUCGUGGCGGGGGUCGCGCCGUGGGGAGAUCACGCAGUGUGCAUCUUGGCGUAUCGCGCGCCGGGGUCGUCGGCGGGUCCGACGGAAGGCCCCCGGCAAGGCCAAAAAGAGUCUGGCGAAGGCGUUGUUGAGACGACGCCGUGUCCCGAGAUGCACGUGUUGGACUGGCAAGGCAACCAGCUCGCCGUCGACAUGCUCCAACUGCGGGGAUUUGACAAGCUCCGCGCGUCCGACUACCACGUCGAGAGCCUUCACCAAGCCAUCCACCACACCAGCCCGGUCCUGUAUCUGUGCACACCAAAGGACGUGGUCGUAUGCCGGGCCCGCGACAUCGACGACCGCGUCGCGUAUGCGUUGUCGAAUCGGGCGUACGAGAAGGCGCUCGACAUUGCGCUCACGGACGUGUACGCGCUCAAGCGGCAUGCGCUGGACGAGCUGGUCGAGUAUUACUUGGGCGAGCUCAUUCGGAGCAAGCAGUUUGGCGCGGCCGCCGACGUGUGCCGGCAGCACCUGUCGCCGCACCUGUGGGAAAAGUACGUGUACGUGUUUGCGCAAAAGGGUCAGCUGUCGGCGAUCGCCAAGUACAUGCCGACAUCCAACCCUCGGCUGCCGACGAGCCAGUACGAGAUGGUGCUCCAACACUUUUUGGACACGGACCCGGCGCAAUUGCUGUGCAUCAUUCGAAAGUGGCCGAAACCACGCAUGACGGACCGCCCCGCGACAACGACCGGCGCACGUGUGUCGGCCGAGUAUACCAAGACCGCGUCGGUCUUCGAUCCACUGUACGACGCGGCCGCAUGGAUUGUCCAACUCGAGACAGUCGUGCGCCGUCGCCGCGUUGCCGAGACCGACGUCGACCGCAUGUCCAUGGAGACGUCGUACGUGAUGGAAGCGCUCGCGGAACUGUACACGGCGACCGACCAGUUUGACCAUGCGCUGCGCAUCUACUUGAGCCAGGGCUCGCUGUGCACCAACAAAGACCAUGCGUUCAAGCUCAUUGUCGAGCAUAAUCUGUGGGACGCGAUUCGCAACAAGGUGGUGAAUUUGAUGCACAUCGAUCGCGACGCGGCGCUGCGCAUGCUCGUGCACCAAGUCCAAUCGGACCAGCUCAACGUGCAUGCGAUCGUCGACCAGUUGGAGCACAAGCGAGAUCUCCUCCACGAGUACCUCCACAACCUGUUUGUGCACCGGUUCGCCGACUACAAUGUCGAAGCGUAUGCGUCAUUGCACGAGCGCCAGAUAUCGCUGUACGCCGAGUUUGCGCCGUCGCUGUUGGUGCCAUUCCUGCAAACGAGUGCAUUUGUCCCGUUGGAGAAGGCGUAUCAGUUUUGCAGCGAGCGGUCGCCGCCCCUGUGGGACGCGAUGAUUUUCAUCUUGGGGCGCAUGGGACACCAAAAGAAAGCGCUCGACUUCAUCCUGACCCAGCUUCGGGACGUCCACCACGCGAUUCAGUUUGUCCAGGUGCGUGCCGACCGGACGUGUCGUUCGACUUAAAUGGCGGCGCCGCCAUCGUAGGAACACGGCGACGACCUGUGGGAGUACUUGGUCGAGAUCAGCCUCACGAACCGAGGGUACAUGGAGCAGCUCCUCGAGUACGCGAGCGACCACCAAAUCGACCCGAUCAAGAUCGUGCGCAAGAUUCCACCCGACAUGGAGAUUGCUGGCCUCAAGGCCAAAGUCCAGCAGAUCAUUGCCAACUACAGAAUCCAGCUGAGUCUGUGCCACGGCUGCACAAAAGCGUUCGAGGCCGACCGCGUCGAUUUGCUCGCGCGGUUGGUGACCCACCGCCGGAAAGCGCGCCGCGUGAGUUCGCACGUGGCGUGCGGGAUUUGCUUUGGCCCCAUGAAGCCGAUGGCGGUACGACGCCAUGUUUCUUUCGUGGGGUCGGUGGAUUCAUGGGUGGCAGAACAAGGCAUCGCACCACUUUUGCGUGUUCGAGUGCGGCCACGUGUAUCACAUGGCGUGCCUGGAAGAGAAGAGCAUGCUGUGGAAGCAACAGCACGCGCCGGACGCGAUCGAACUCGUGUGCUUUCAAUGCGACAACUCCAAGCUGCGGGUUGGACGGCCCAGUGUGCCCGCUCUAGCCGCUCCAAAGGGCCUCACCGACCAGCAGCUCGAGCUUGCUCGGCAAACAAUUGCGCAAGGCUAAUAAAGAUUACCACGACUUUUGCUACCUGGGUUCAACGGAGCCGCCGGCGGGAGAACGUUGGCAGAUGACAGGAUGGAGCUAUAAUGCAAUGGAGUGGAUAUUAUCGCGUUGUUUAGAACUUGACUUCCUUCAACCCCCACUUGAUGAACAUAAACACGGGAGUGGUUGCACCGUCCUUGUAGUACGAGUACGCCAUGCCGGCUUCCGAGUCCAUCGAGCGGAACAUGUAGUAUUGGAGAUCGUCGUACAUGCCAACCAGUGCCUUGACAAUUUCUUGCGCGUCGCUUUUGAAUUGGUCCAACGUUUCGUCGCUGGCGUUGGUCGCCUUCAAGUGCUUGAUGAUCUUGCGGAAGUACGACUUCAAGUACGUCUUGAGGUCGGCCUUUGAGUUGAAACCGGUUUCCGUGUAGCCAAACCCGACGGAUUCGUCGAUAAUGUUGUUCACCGUUUCGACAGAGUCGUCGACGUCUUGGUCGCCACCGCCAAACGCGUCACCGCACCCAACAUCCACGUUCAAGCCACCCUUGGUGACCGUCUUACUGGCCACUUCAAUCAUACCAGGGAUCAAGUUGCCUUCCUUGUCCUUCGCUUCAUACACGUUGUGCGAGUCCGACACAACUUCGUCUUCGGUGAAAAUGUCUUGCCAGACCAACAUGGUUCACAACGAG